CCCCGGCCGGCCGGAGCGGUGGCGGUGGCGCCGGGCAGCAUGAGGGAGCUGAUAGUGUGGGCCCUGCCACCACGACGGUCCCCGUGCCCAAGCUUUGAUGCGGCCAGGGCAGUAUGUACAGCGUAGAAGACCUGCUGAUUUCUCAUGGAUACAAACUAUCGAGAGAUCUCCCAGCACCACAUGAGGAUCAGCAUGAGGGGCGCCAGCCAGCGAGGACAAGAGCGAGAACGGGCCUGCUGAAUGGGUGUGACGCCAUCCCACACAGCAAAGCGUCUCUGGGGACAGGACGUGUGAGUAAUUCUGAAAAUGACCGCCGUGCACUGAGAGCCCACGGAGAGCCCCAGAGCGCCUCUGCUGCCAGGACGUCCGAGGCAGGGUUUUGUCAUCAGCCCAUGCUAGCGUGGUCCUCUCAGCCUCAGAGCAGUCACAGCCACGCCUAUUGGAGAAGAGGACAGGAGGUCAGUGGCUUGCCAAGUCCAAGGGACCGAGAAGACCUGGAGGUCAGAGGAAUGGCCCAAGCCCACAGUCUGCCCGUCCACGCGAGGGAGGGUCUAUGGGAAGUUGGAGGAAGGACAGAGAAUGUGAUGAAGAAAGCAGUUUGGGAAGAAGAGCUGAGAAUGGCGGGUCCUGCCAGGUGGCAGAAUGUAAGCCUGGAAAGCUGGAACCAGCCGAGGAAAUUAGGGAGGCAGAUGUCUGAUGGUGGCGGGGAGAAGCUGUUUCAAGAUCUGUAUCCAUUCAUACGAGGAGAACAUGUGCUGAAUUCCCAAAGCAAAGGCAAAUCCCGGUCGUUGCCUAGAGUUCUCUCUCCCGAGAGCUUGAGUUGCAUGGACAUUCCGUUAAGUGAUGGGCAUUUGCCAGGUGCCCCUAAAACGCAAUUUUACCCUCCAAAUGGUGCACCAAAUUUGGAAUCCACCAGGAACCCCGAGAAGGGUGGCUCCUGUGUCCCUUUAUCUCGGCCGAAGUUUGGGAGACCCCUCAAGCCUCCAUCCUAUGAUACCCGCCCACAUCCCAGGGGAGGAGUGGAAAACAGCGACUGUGUGGACAGCCAGCAGCCAGACCUGAGUAUUUCCUACCUGACCAGAACUGCCGACCCCAGGCAGGAGCUCUGCCUGCCCGACUCUGGUUUGGAGCCUCCGGUGUACGUGCCUCCACCAUCGUACAGGUCACCACCCCAGCACAUCACAAACCCCUACUUGGAGGACGUGGCGCCCAGACCUAUGUGUGAUGAUCAUCGUCAUCCAAUCGAGGAGGCUGCUGCCAGCUGUCAGCUUCCUCCUGGCUCCCUCGGGGGUGGGAGUCAGUACGGUGCGAGCCCACGCUCUCCCCGAAGUUUCCCGCAACAGCCCCAUCUCACCACUGCCUACGACGGCUCUGUUCUGUACAUCCCCUUUGACGACCCACGGAUACGACACAUUAAACUAGUCCCACCCCAGGGUUUCUGUGAAGAAACAAAGGUGGACGAGAAAUUGUACCGCUCUGGUCCGGUCUCCACCCCAGAGCCAGCUCAUGGCUGCAUGUACCGGGAUGGUGCCAUUCUGAACCCGGAGAGCAUGAUGUCCCCAUCAGGGAGUGAGAGAGGCCCUGCCUUCGGCCAUCCCAGCCCCCGGUGGCUGUGGGGCCAGCUCCCCAGGGAUGGAGAAAAUGGUGGCUUUCCUGACCAAAGUGACCACUGUGUUAUGAGAGGACAGUGGCCUGACGUGAGAGGCGGCCAGCGCGGACAAGCAGAGAGCCAGGUCUCCGCUCCAGACCCACAGGGCGAGAGCACCUGCGAAACCCGAACCAAGCUCAAAAAGUUUGAAACCGGGAUUCAGACCAAGAAAAGUUCAAAGAAAAAAAUGAACGAGACGAUAUUUUGUUUGGUUUCCAUCCCAGUUAAAUCAGAAUCACAUCUGCCAGAUAUAGAUACCAACAACAAUGACUUAAAACAGAGUGCUGAUAAAAAGCACGGGCUCGAUAAGACCACAGUUCUGCAGGAACAAAGCUUGCUGAGCAUGUCUUCCACCGACCUGGAGCUGCAAGCUCUCACAGGAAGCAUGGCUGGGAGAACAGAGUUCCAAAAACAAGAUCUAGGGGAACCAGAAGACAAACAAACAGAUGACCUCAGAUUUAUUCACCCUACGAAACACAGAGAACUCAAGUAUUCUGGCUCGUGGCCAGGGCACCAGUACAGAGAUCAGCAAACACAAACUACUUUCGCCGAGGAAUCCAAAAGCCUGCAGCCCCUCCCUGGUGAGAAGUCAGGAGAGUCACCUAAUGCACUGCUGACUCCAAAAUUCCUAGACCCUUCUGCCUCCACAGCCCAGAAGCACAUGGUGUUAGCUUCUAGUGACCAAAACCAGAGGCCAAAUGCUCAUCAUCCUAAAGGUCAAUUGUCCCUGCACCCUUCCAGCCACAGUGCUUUUUCAAGGACUAGCUCGUCCAUAAACCAGGCCCCUGUGCCAAAAGCAGGCCAGAGCCAGCCCUGCGUGGACGGCCGCGGACAUGGAGCCAGCCCCAUGCCCAGGGGCGAAGUGGUGAAGGGGGCGACCACGGGCCCGUGCAACAGUCAGCAGCCGUUUGGUCAGUUUCUUUUAAAACCAGUUAGCCGUCGUCCCUGGGAUCUGAUAAGUCAGCUAGAAAGUUUUAACAAAGAGCUUCAAGAAGAGGAAGAGAGCAGUCAGAGCAGCAGCGGCAGUGAGGACAGUGAGGCGGAAUGGCAGUUGGAAUGGCACGCCGACGCCACGCCCGAGAACUUGGGCUUCAGUGAAGACAGCCAGGAGAGGAGAGAGGCGGGACCUCCGAGGAGGCUGGUGCCGGAGGAGCCCGGGUGGUGCGGGAGAGUUAAGAGUAAGUCCGAGAGCUGGAGUGAGGAGCAGAAGCCCGCAGCCCUCCGCCCGGAGGCCCGUCCUCUCUCCCCGGGCCCCUCACGGGCAGCAGACAGCAGAGGCGAAGCAUUGCUGUCAGCCCACGGACGCUUGAUUACAGAGAAGAGAAACCAGGAGGUCGAGAAAAGAAUGAAGGAGCUAGCCGUCAGCCCAGGUCCCGUGAAAAGAAUGAUGACUUCUAGGCCACGUGACACAAAACCAGUGCCCCCAUCCGGUCCAGCUAAACUGAGGGAGCCCCAGGAAAGGCAGGAACUCCCCAGUGUUUCAAGUUCUACGGAGCUGAGCAAAGCAACCCCGCCGAAGGCGGGGGAGGAGGGUGCCACCGUGGUCCCCCUCUCUCUUGCCAGCAAACCCCGAGGCCUCUCGGCACCCGACUUGAGGUCUGUGGGGCUGACCCUGGCACAGGAGCGGGGUGCCAGUAAGUUUUAUGAGUCUUCAGGUAAAGCGAGUGCGCUAGAAAUCCCCCCAAAUGAGUCCCUUCAAGCUCGGGCUGUGAGGAUCCUGGGCAUCGAGGUGGCCGUGGAGUCCCUGCUGCCAGGCACCAGGAGAACGGGACAGAGCCAGCCCACUGAGCCCGAUGGCAGUGCCCAAAGGCCAGCGUCCCCCAGGGAGGGGCCGAUGUCCAGCCCAUCACAGCCGGAUGACCCCACAGUGUCCGCUGAUGCUUUUUAUGGCAGGAGAAAGUGUGGCUGGACGGAAAGCCCUCUCUUUGUAGGGGAAAGGGACAGUGCCCGACGGGCUCCCUGGGCUUCUGAGGGCUCCAGUGUGGACGAGGCUGUCCCCAGCAAGGCCCCCGACCUCGAGCCUCAGCCCAGCACCCAGGAGUCCAAGCCCAUCAUUCACAAGGGCGUGGGGACAAAACCACCCUUCAGGUCCACUUUGUUCCACUUCAUAGAAAGGACUCCGAGCGUGGCAGGCUCGGAAAAGAGGCUGAGAAACACUUCCAAAGUGAUUGAAAGUUUACAAGAGAAACUGGCGUCCCCGCCCCAGAGAGCUGACCCUGACCGCUUGAUGAGGAUGAAAGAGGUGAGCUCCGUGUCUCGGAUGAGGCUGCUGAGCUCCCAGAGCGCUGACUCCAUGGAGGAGGCGGAGGAGGCGAAGGCCGAGAGGGGCCCAGGACUGCCGCCAGGGAACCUGGUGUCUCUGCCCACCUGGAACCUGGCUCGGAAGGCGGGAAACGGGCUCUCCGCCUCCAAGGGCACCUUCCCGCAGGAAGGAAACGGGCAUCUGGCAGCAGGAAGGGAGAAGAGAAAUGCGGACCAGGACUUCUGGUGCCCAGAUUCAUACGACCCUAGCAGAGUGGAGAGGGUGUGAUGAGCUGCCGCUGAGGUGCGGGCUGCCGCAUUAGUUAAUUGAGUGAUCUCUGAUUUUGCCUGUCAGCCGGCUUGCCUGUGUAUCAGCUGGAAACUGAUACACUCUGCACUGUGACAUCCGUUACCGCUGCCACCAGGAAACACGUCAUCCCUACAGAAUAGCUUUGUGGAAAUAAAGCAGUCGUCCGUUGAAACCAUCUGUUUUUAUAGCAUGAAGAGUUAAUACCUAUAUUUAGAAAAGAGUCACCCAGACUCUCCUCAGUGAUGGAUUUAGCCAUCAUGGUUCAAUGUGGCAAUUUGAACAUGGAUGACAUAGUGAAUGAUUUUGAAAGGACGGUGAAUGUCAUAAUUUCCCCUUUGCAUUUCCAGGGCUGGCUGUCCAUGCUCAUGUCAUUGCCUAGUGUGUCUGCACUUUGAGUUUAGGGAAAUGUGAAUGAAUAUAUCUGAUCCAUUUCUAAUCAAUUUGGCCUUCUGCUGCUGGAAGUAACUUUACUUAUUAAAAGCAAUAUCUUUUAAGUCCCUAAAACUUGUACUAUAAUGUACUAAGAGUAUUAUUUAUCCGGUAAUGAAAUGCUUUGAUCGUUUGCAAAUAUGCCAUCAUCUGCUUUGCACUCAGUAUUAACUAUCUAUUUUUAUUUCCUGUAUGGAUGUUUAGAAAUUCUUUAUAUGAAAAAUAAUUGCUGGUUUAAAAUAGACCAUUUUAACAAAGUAACUAUAUUUCUUUUUAUAAAAUGCUAUUUUUCUAUGAUGUAAACAGUUGUUAGGUGGCAGAUUUUUAAGGAAGUAUUAUUUUAUUUAAGAGUCUGUAUCCCUUUGUGUGAGAGGGACCCAGAGAGGGUUCACGCUUGCUUUAAGCAUACAUCCCUUACUUUUCACAAAGAAUUUUUUACUAAUGUAGCCGUAAGGUUAUCUGUGGAAAUAACCCUCUCAAAACUCGCCAACAUCCCUAUGACAAUUUUUGCUUCCAUAUCCACUAAAGUUACCAAAAAGUAUCUUUUCACCUUUGGGGGAUCUGUGGAGAUCUGCCCUGAGAUUAUACUUUCCUCUUCCCCACCCCCUGCCCCUUUAAGAAAUAUGUAUUUUUAUCUAGAAUGAUCCUUAAUUGGUCUCUGCAGAUUUUUUAAAGUGCUAAAGAUAUAUGUAUGCCAUUACAAAAGCAUUAUGAGGCCUAUGUAUUCUGCUGUGUUUACUAUUGCAUUAACCUGCACAAAGGUUUUACAUUUUUUAUGCAUUUGUCCCUUCUUUCUAAGUAAGGUAUUCUUGUUAGCUGACAGAUUUUUUGCGUGGUUUCUUGUCUCCUACCACCCUCCCUCCCUUGCUUUCCUUUCCUUUCCUUCUUUCUUUCUUUUUUUUUUUAAUUUUUGAGAAACCACCUUAUCUAUUUCUAGACAUUUCAAAUUCCUAAACUGUGAAUUGUUGGGUGGUCUACAAUUUGGCCCUAAAACGACUCCGACUGGAUUUUCAUGGCCUGUUUUUAUCUGUACCAUAUGAUUUUAUUUCAUAAGAACUUUAUGUAUUUGGACUGUAAUAAACAACACAGAACCUUAAGUAAUUCUGAAAAAUCUUUUCAGAUAUGCUUCUCUGCAGUCUUGGUUCUUACCUAUUCCUCACAGUCACUUCUUUUCAGAUUUUAGCUCUCGUUUUCACAACACGAUGAAAUGGGCCACGUCUCCACUAAAAAUGGUUGAAACUGUUUUCCCAGGAAGAGUUUAGUAGGGAAGAAGUCGAUUACUCUGUCGUCGUUGGUGAAUCACUUAAGUCUUCCGGUAGAACUCAGUAGAACUCAGUGAGGGUGGUUACCUGGAGGUGUUGUGGGGGUUCUGCUUCCCUCUUUAAAUGCAAGUGGAAAAAAGUAUAUGUGUGUAUAUGCAGAUAUAUAUGUGAAUAUGUACAUUUGGCGCGCACACACAUACAUAUAUAUAUUCACACACAUAUUUUAACUCUAUUCUGACUUCCUUUUAAAUUUUAUUGAUCCCAACUUAAGACUUCUUUUAAUCAAAAGAAUUAAAUUUUAGCUUAUUCCUCAAGAGAAAGACAAGGAUCCUAAAAAGAAAAAAUUAGUGUACCUUUUAUGUAGCACAAACAAACUAAAAUACAAUACUCUUCUGUUUUGUUUUAUUCUAAAUUGUUGCAUCACGGCUUUCUGAAACCAUUUUGAAUUUAGUUGAAAUUAUUAAUAUUGAUACUUUUAACCUUAAUUUCUAGAAAUCGGCCUACAUAGAAAUCUUUUUGGGGGAAGGUAACUCUGAAAAUUUGACUUUUAAACUUGCAUAUUCUGAGGCAAAUAAUCCAGUCUCUAAUCAAAAGUAGCUUCCCCAGAACUUAACGCUAAUUAUUAUUUUAUUAUUCAUAUUUCUCAUAUGUACAUAACUCUCUGUUAUUAUUUGUGGCUGGAAAAAAUUCAUAUUUUGUGUUUGUCAUUGUUUUUCUCAUAUGUAUGACUUAUUUUUGGUGUUUAAUCAUUUGGGCGGUUAUAAAAUUAAAGUUCUAAUUUUUACCAUUUGGACUAAAAAUUACAUGAGGAAUUACAUAUGAAAUGUAUUUGUAUUUCUUAACUUGCAAAAGAAGGGGAAAAUGUUGGUCAUGUAGCUCUAAUUACCUUUUGGAAGAAAAUUUUCGAAUGAUUGAAAACCAAAUAUCUUUAUCAUCAUUUUCGACUUUAUGUUUCCGCAAACCACAGAAAACUCCUCCCCAAAAUGCACAGCCCGACUGCAUCUUCAGAAUUCUUUUCCAUGUUUUUCAUAAUUAUUUGGAUUUCCUUAAGAGUCCCUGCGAGAUCUCAUCUACUCUCUGAGAUCCUAGUGUCCAUACUAGAAUUAUAGGUUGAGGUUUUGAAUCAUGUGGAAAUGCUAAGUGGAUCUUUUCCUAUUCCAAUUGACUGUUGGCGAAGGAUUGUUGUUAAUAGAAGUUCAAGUGCUUAAACACCAACGACUCUGAAACUAGACCCUGACCACCUUUUGCGGGAGCAAAAUGACUUACUCUAAAGCAGUUCGGUUUAGAACUUCUGAGGAAAAAUGAUGAGCUGAUCCACUGUUGGCACAGCUACUUCCCAGCUCUGAGCGUAAUGGACUGAUGGAAGAUGGGACUAACCUGACAUUUCGUCUGUGACCCCCAGAGAUUAUGUAUGUGUGUUUUGGCUAUUUUUUGUCAUCGUUUUGUUUAAAAUGAUUAAAUAAUAGACAGUUGUCAAGUUAACAUCUUUUAGAAGAUGACCAGUGCAGCAGAAUUCUCUCUCUAAAUAUGUGAGCUUAGAGAAACAGUUCCAAUUUUCUAAGUUCUUGUGAGCAGUUGUUUUAGUGUUUGGGCCAUUGUUCUGCCAGACUCCUCUUUGCAGGGGAGAUGAAGUUUGAGGGAUAGAGUGAGGGGUGGGAGUGAGUUUCUUAAGCUGAAGCUAUUAUAGUAGGCCUUGGGGAUUUUUGCAUUUUCUUUCUGUUUUGCUUUUCGCUGCAGAUUCUGUACAUCUGUUUGUGGGAGGAGAGUUGCUACUCAGAACAGGAUUUAAGAGACACAUUGCAAGUGACCUCUGAGAUUCUGCACGUGGGAGGUCCUUUUCCCGGAGUGUGGGUUGGUCCACUCUGGGACCCACCAAGGGAAGAAGGGGGAGAUGAUAAAAUAGCAUUAAAAAAGAAUGGUCUCGAACCUGUACGUUAAGGAGGUAGUUAAGACUAGUUAAGACUGUAAUUCAAAUGGAGGCCCCUUGGGAAGGUCGCUGUGGCCUAGCAAACGGCCCGUCGAAGCGGUCCUUGGGGUCGUCGGCAGUGCGGCAAGGCAGGCAGAGCGCUCGCGAUUCCAGGCUUUGACUCAUGAGAGCCCCUGUCACAGUCGUGUUUACUGCGGAGGACAGGGAGGUCCUCGUGCUGUGGCCUCUGACUGAAACCUGAACUCCAAGGCAAGCCCAGCUUUCAUCCCAAAGCCUUGACUGGGGAGGAGGAGGAGCGCUGUCCACAGAGCUAGCAUCCUGCCCGUGCGGAAGCCAGGCCCGCCGGGACUUGCCGCGGAGCCACGGGGGCGGCGGUCCCUCUCCUGCUUCCCUUCCGGCCGCCCUGUGCCAGGGCUGCGAUGUGUGCCACUCGUGUCACAGAGCGAGAGGGGGACAAAGGCAAGUUCAGGUCGGGAAGCACAUGGCAGAACAGAAGUGAAGACCGCAUGUCCCAGCCAAGGAGAAAAGCAGUGACCCACAGAUUAUAAAAAUCAAUGAGGUGCACACUCUCCACCUGAGUCAGCUGAAAUUCAAGCCCUCACACUCAGUCCUCACAGGAAAGCUAAGCAGAAACAUCUCAAAAAAAAAAAAGAACAAGAACUUCUAAAAUUUGGUGAAGACAAGACCCUGUAACCCCACAGAAACUUCGCAUCUGUUCAGCACUUCUUUGGGCACCAUUAACAUCCAAGGGAGGUAGAGAGGGUCCUGGGAAAAAGACAAAUGGUAACGGCCGGUAGCCAGCUGUGGUCAUAGCCUGAGGAGAGGCGGUACCAGAGGCCUUAACUGAUGAGAGGUGAAAGUGGAUGAAGACUGAUCACACCAGCAAAGCAAAGAUGAAUGUCUUCGAGGAGCUCUUGUAUUUCUCUGCACAAUGUAAAGACUCUUGCAACUUCAGGAUGGCUGACCUGCUCAGUAACACACAUGUUCCAAAUAAAGAUUUUGCAUGAAA